AUGACGGACAAGAAAGAAGCGAUUGCGACGGAGCAGGAAGAGUUGGCUCCAAUGGAAAAGUCGUUCUGGUACAAAGAGUCUCUUACAGAGGACUUGUACUUGACAGCUGCACUCAAGACCAUUACGUUCGAGGCCAAGUCAAAAUUCCAGACCAUGCAGAUCAUUGAGACGCAUUCAUUUGGCAAGACGCUUGUGCUCGAUGGGAAGACACAAUCGGCUAAGAAUGAUGAAGCCAUUUACCAUGAGACUCUCGUCCACCCGGCAUUGCUGGCUCACCCAAACCCCAAGACUGUCUACAUUGGCGGUGGCGGUGAAUUUGCCACAGCCCGUGAGGUACUCAAGUACAAGUCGGUCGAGAAAGUUGUGAUGGUCGACAUUGACGAGUUGGUGUGCAAUAUGUGCCGUAAGGAGAUGCCCGAGUGGUCCGACGGUGCCUUUGAGGACCCGCGUCUCGAGGUGCACUACACAGACGCGCACGCCUUCCUCAAGCAAUACGACGGCACGUUCGAUGUCAUCAUUAUGGACAUUGCUGACCCCAUUGAGGCUGGUCCAGGCUACGUGCUGUACACAGAGGAAUUUUACAAGUACGCCCUUACUAAGCUCAACAAGGGCGGCUACAUGGUCACCCAGUCGGGCCCUGGCGCUGUGUACAACUGGAACGAAUGCUUCUCGUCCAUCUACUGCACCCUCAAGACCACCUUUAAUACGGUCGUGCCCUAUUCGGUGGAUAUUCCGUCGUUUGGCUGUGUCUGGGCCUUCAACAUGGCUACCAAUGUUGAGGAUGGAGACGGUGACGCCGCUGUGACGGCCAUCCGUGAGCGCAGCAUCGCUACGACCAACAACCUCGUGGAGACCCGGAUUAACAAGCCGCUCAAGUUCCUCGACGGUGUGAGUCACAUGGGCCUCUUUGGCCUGUCAAAGAUCGUACGUGAGGCCCUGGAGAAGGAGACGCGCAUCAUUACAGUGGACAAUCCUGUCUUUAUGUACUAA